AAUAAAAGGUAGAUACACGUUAGCGUGUAUUGCUUCACCGAAGAAACAAAAUGUUUUUACCUUUUCAUCGAAAAUAACUUAAAUAGACACACAGUCAUGAGCAAGAAUUCAGUCGAGCGUUGUUGAACAGCUGUGAAGUUGCUUUUACGAAUAUAAGCGCUUUUUACGGAGGAGUGCUAAUAAGUAAAAAAGUAAAAAAUAAAAAUAAUUUCCAAACAGCAUGGAUUUCUAUUAUUCGCCUGGUUCUCCGCCCUGUCGUGCCGUGCUUCUAACUGCUAAGUGUGUCGGCAUUGAGUUAAACAAGAAACUUCUUGAUAUGCGCGCUGGUGAGCACCUAAAGCCCGAGUUCCUGAAGAUCAACCCACAACACACGAUCCCCACAUUGGUCGACAAUGACUUCGCGCUCUGGGAAUCACGCGCCAUCAUGAUUUACCUAGUGGAGCAAUAUGCCAAAACCGACUCUCUCUACUCCAAGUGCCCCGAAACGCGUGCGCUCAUCAAUCAGCGUUUGUAUUUCGACAUGAAUCUCUAUUUAACAUUCGGCAAGUACUGUUAUAAACCUGCAAUGACCAAGACCCCAUUCGAUCCAGAACAGCGCAAGCAGUUGGAAACACAGUUGGAAUUAUUCAACACCUUGUUGGCAGGGAACAACUUUGUCAUUGGCGAGUCGCUGACUUUGGCUGAUUUGGCACUUGUGGCCACAAUUAGCACCAUAGACGUGGCCCAAAUCCUAAGAGGCUUCAACGUCGAUGUAAGAAAGUAUGCAAACAUCCACAAGUGGUAUGAGAACAUGCGGGCGGUCACGCCUGGCUUCAAAGAGAAUCACGAAGGUUGCUUGGAGAUGAAGAAAUUCUUGGAGGACAAAUAAAUAUCUAUAUGUGUGUAUGUAUGUAUUUAUAUGUACGGUAUGCAUUUUAUUUUUUACAACUUUUAUAAAGUUCCGCAGUAUUGCUCAAAUAUAUACAUAUUUAUACAUAUAAAUAAAUCUGUAUAUUCAUAUGUAAGUUAAGCGAAUGAAUGAAAAAACC